AUGAGCGCCGAUCUCUUAGACCUCGACAGCUUCUACCAAAGCCCUCCGCCGCAACAACAGCAAGCGGGGGGGCAGCCGCAGAAAAGCCAGCAUCAACGCCCACAGCAGGUCACGGCAUCGUCGACGGAUCUCUUUGACUUUGCCUCUUUCGCCAGCAACAGAUCCACGGCGGCGGCGGCGCCGGCCCAGCAGACCCAACCAUGGCCCAACUUUGAGACGCAACAACCAAGCGGUGCCAGCGGUACCAGCAACGGAGGAUGGGGAGACUUCGGCUCGUUUUCGUCCGGCUUCACAUCCUCGGCGGCCACUCAGCAGCAGAAGCAGCAGCAGCAAUCUAAGCAGGCGCCACAGAUUACCGACGACGAUGAUGGAUGGGGCGACUUCGAGGUCGCCGAGCCGACGCCGACUCAGCGCUCAUUUGUCAUGCCUCCGCAGACGAACAAGGUGAGGUCAUCGCCGCCACCGCGGAACCGUAUCGCGCGCGCCUCCACCUUUGAUCUCAUGACAAACAACCUCGUCAACGUCGUGGACAUGCCUCACGGCUCGGGCUUGUCGCCGAUCCCGAGCCCGGGGCUCCCCUCGCCGAACCAGCAACCCGCCCCUAGUCCGGGACUGUCCUGGCAAGUGCCGAACCGCCAUCCUAGCCCUGGGGUCGCAUGGCAAGCGGCGACUUCCAAGUCACCGGCCAGCCCAGGGUAUUCGUUCCAGACGACAUCUGUGCAGCCGCAAUCAGGCCCUGGAUUCUCCAGUCAGGUAUACGGGUCGCAGAGGAAGCCAAGCCCCCAACCGGCUAAGCAGUCGGACCCGAACAUUCUCUUUGACGCGGAAGAGUUUGAGCUCCAGAGCGGACACGACGAAGAAGAAGAAGAAGCAGAUGAUGAUGAUGAUGAGUUUGGCGAUUUUGAGACCGUACAGACCCCUUUUCCUGGCGCGAACAUGAGCCCGACGCUGGAUCCUAGACCGGCUCAACGGCAAAGACCGCAGACCUCGCAACCUCCACCGUCCAUGGACCUGCUUUCUCUCGACGACGAUCCUCUUCCGGUUGUCCAGCCUCCGUCAAAAAAGCCACAACUUUCCUCGUUGAGCCUCACUGCCCCCGUCUCACCAUAUCCCCAGGCCCCCAAGUCGCCGUCUUUCCAUGAGCGCAAUCCCUUUCCGGGCCUGGGUCUCACCACGCCGACCUCUGCGGAUUUCAAAAAGGAAGAGAAGGACGGCAAGCCUAACUCUCCCACACCCAUCACGGCUUGGCCGUCUUUCGGGCAAACAUCACCCGCGAAGCCACCCACCGCCACGGUGAAAAAGUCGUCGACAGCCUUGAGCCUUCAAAAGGCACAGGAGGAGGAAGACUGGCCAGACUUUGAAGAAUUCCCUGACGAGGAGCCCUCGGCCAUUGACUCGUCCAGACCCCCGGAGAGCUGGGACUGGGACGCUGUCGACGGCGUCAAGCCGGCAGUAUCUACCUCACUCACCACCAGAAAGUCGGGCCCGAAACCCGGGGAAGAGCCAGAACCGGCACCCGAAGUCAGCGAUGACGCCCCACCGCCCAUCAACAUCCCCCCUCCUUCCGUGCUCCUCUCCAUCUUCCCGCAGCUCCUCGACCUGGCAAACUCGUCCCUCUUCAAGCCCACGGGCCAGAUGGCGGCACCCCUCAAGAAGCGCAUCCUCUCAGACCCGGGAACCGUGACCUUCCUCCGUGCCUACCUCCUCCUCGCCACCGUCGCGGCGCGCGUCAUCACCGGCCGCAAGCUCCGCUGGCACCGUGAUAAGUUCCUUGCCCAGGGCAUGGCCAUUUCGGCCGCUGGCGCCAAGGGCAUGAAGCUCGCGGGCGUCGACAAGGCGCAGGCGGCGCGCGAGGAGCGUGAGACCGCCGACGUCGUGGGCGUGUGGAGAGAGCACGUCGGUCGGCUGCGGUCCGCUGUCGCGGCUGCGAACUCGACGGUCAAGUCGCCGCGCGAUCAGCUCCGCGUGCCCGAGAUCAGCGAGACGAUGCCCGUGUCAACGGCCAAGGUCGUGCCGACGGCACCGAAGCCGUGCGUCAUCUGCGGCCUGAAGCGCGAAGAGCGGGUGAGCAAGGUCGAUUUCGAUGUCGAGGAUAGCUUCGGGGAAUGGUGGGUCGAGCAUUGGGGCCACAGGGCCUGCAAGAACUUUUGGGUCGAGCACGAGAAGCAGCUGCGGCAGAGGUGA